CCCGUGCUGAUCAUGUGCGUCGCCCGCACCACCCACGGGGAGGCGCUGGUCGGAUUUAAUUUUAAUUGUCAUCAGCAGCUGCAGAAUCGGACAGAUGACCGGGGGCAACAACAGCGUGUAUAAGCCCUGAGGAGACCCACACCUUGCUGUUGCCGCCUUGCUCCCGGUGCUCCCCGUCGUCAUCCCCUCAGUGCAGCAGAACCCGGGGAAGCUGCUGACUCUGGCUGAUGGUACAAGCGGCGUUCUCCAUCACAGGACCCAGCCAUAUACAGCCAGCAGAGCCGAGACCGCUGUGACCAGUGUCGGGGCCCCAGCAGCGCGAUCAAUCUAUAUAGCGCUGAGCUAGUGCCACCUGCUGCACGGCGCUGUGCUCUCCCCGGGCACCGGCUCCCCACACCCGCCGCAGCCCUUGCCCAGGAGCACAGCCGGCGUCUGCCUUCUCUCAGCCCUCUUCCGCUGCUUCUGCCCAUCAGUACUCAGGAGUCCGCACUCUGCUGCCGCCGCCGCCGCCAUGGCAUCACUGAGGAUAUGGGACCAGCUGCAGGCGGGCAGCUCUGAGGUGGACUGGUGCGAGGACAACUACAAGAUUGUCCCCUCUAUAGCCGAGUUCUACAAUACGAUCAGCAACAUAUUGUUUUUUGUGCUACCACCCAUAUGCAUGUGCCUGUUCCGUCAGUAUGCAACUUACUUCAAUAGCGGGAUAUAUUUAAUAUGGGCUCUGCUCGUUGUUGUUGGCAUUGGGUCCGUGUACUUUCAUGCAACCCUCAGCUUCUUGGGGCAGAUGCUGGAUGAGUUGGCUAUUCUGUGGGUGCUGAUGUCUGCAUUAGCGAUGUGGUUUCCAAAAAGACAUCUGCCAAGAAUUUUCCGAAAUGAUAGAUGGAGAUUUAAAGCAGUGGUUGGAGUGGUGUCUGGAAUUACCACAGUCUUGGCAUUCAUUAAACCUGCCAUCAAUAACAUCUCCUUAAUGACGCUGGGUAUCCCUUGUACCAUCCUACUCGUUACUGAGCUCAAGAGGUGUGACAACAUGCGAGUGUACAAGUUGGGUCUGCUGUCUGGCUUUUGGUGGACAUUAGCAUUACUCUGCUGGAUCAGUGACAGAGCUUUCUGUGAAAUAUGGGCUCAUUUCAACUUCCCUUACCUCCACUGUGUAUGGCACAUUCUCAUCUGUCUGGCUGCUUAUCUUGGCUGUGUCUGCUUCGCCUACUUUGAUGCCGCGUCAGAAAUCCCAGAGCAGGGACCAGUCAUUAAGUUCUGGCCCAGUGAGAAGUGGGCGUUUAUCGGGGUACCCUAUGUCAGCCUGCUCUGUGCCCGCAAAAAGUCCCCUGUGAAAAUUACAUGAAUCACAACCUGACUAUCAAGCAUUUUUCCUCUGCAGUGUGUUCUCUUAAUGGUCAAAUGGGACAUGUGGCACUUCUCGUAGCUGUCAUCAUUGGUUUUGGUCUUUGGUUGCCACCAGGUUGAGAACAAAAAGUAUUUUGCUUUCAAUUUCCUCAAGUACUGUUCUCUUUAGUCAAAUGUAUCAAUCUUAUUUAUUGAAACAUUUUAUAUAUAGCUGAUAUUUUCUACACAGAAGAAUUAUUUUCCUACCUGGUAAAUAGGACAUGUGCAGCGUCAUCGAUCUAAUUUUUCCACGUGGGAUCUUGGGGAAAAUGCAGACACACAAGGAUGGAUUGUUCGUGUGUUACUCCACUCAGGACUAUUUAUAUUUUCCUACUGUGUUGUCUCUUGUAAUCUUCAUCUCUAUAAUGAGAAUGUAGUAGGAACACAAUGAAGUCCAUAAAGAAAAUAAUGUUAUUUGCUUAAACUACUAAAUAAUGAUACUUUAUUACAGGUUUUUUGAUCUAUUUAGUAAGCUGAAUUGUCCAGCAAAGGGCUAUUUCUUAGACACCAUUCUAAGGAAGGAAGUACUUUUUUUUUUUUCUUCAACCUUUCUGGUACUGUUUUGCACAUUUUGGCAACCAGGGUAUAGGAUAUCUUCAGCUCUAUGAAGUUGUACAGGAAGGUGUCCAUUGUAGGGUGUGGUAUGGAAGGUAGAUAGUAACUAGGUCGACAGUGUCUAGGUCGAACACUAUUGGUCGACAGGGUCUUUAGGUCUACAGGUCAAAAGGUCGACAUGAGGUUUUUAUGGGGGGUUUUUGGGUUUUCUUCGUAGAGUGACCGAGAACCCCAAUUAGUGCACCGUGUUCCCUCGCAUGGCUCGCAAGCUUUGGGCAAGGUGCCUCGCUCCGCUACCGCUUCGUUCGGCACAGGUUACUGUUGCAAUUGUAGUCCACGUGGAUCGUUAAGUAUGAAAAGGUUAAAAAAAAGAAAAAAUCGUGAAAAAAUCAUGUUGACCUAGAACAUGUCGACCUAGUUACUGUCGACCUAGAGACCGGAUCCCGUCUAUUGUAACAGGUGUGAAAGUAGUUUCAAAAAGUAUUAUAGUGAACACUUGCCACUUUGAUAUCUAUUUUGAAUGUAAUACUUUAGAAAGCAGUAUGAUUAUGUCUUGGAUAUUUUUAGAUUAUGGAGACUUGUUACGUAUGAAAUGCUAAAUACACAAUGGGCUAAGUUACAAAGUACAAAACAUCUGAAGCUUGGCACAGUGUCCCCUUUUGUAAUGAUGUGCACCUCGAUUUGAGAAAUUGUGCCAAAGGUUCAUGGAGGUGGCAGAAGUUCGCUCCAGCAGAUGGGAGCAGUUGCACUGACCUAGAGUAUUUCCAAAGACUGGAAUAGAUGCAUUGGUGGGUCUAGGUUUGUGGAGCAAUGCAAAAACAAGAUCUACUUUUGCAGGGUAUACAAAUUAAAAUGAGAUAAAGAGUUAACAGAACCAGUGUUGGUUGAUAUUUGACAAUGCACCGAUGUAUCUUGGGACAGUUAUGUUGUGUUAUGGUUUUGUUUUUUUCAAUGGUUGAUUUGCUGAAACAAAUGAAAAUCUGUCAUAAAGAUGGUGGUUUAAAAUGGGGUGGAGAUCACACAGGGGAUGGCAUUAUUAUUUUAGCAAGGUGCAUUUAACUCCUUUCAUUUCAGCUUGACAGAAAAGUGCAUUUCCAGACACCAUAUAAAAAGCGGGUUAUAUACUAUUUACUGGCGGGUGUGAUGCCGGCCGUCAAGAUUCCGACUGCGGCAUCCUGCCCAUCAUAUUAUGUUUUUAUUUAUAUAUAUAUAUAUAUAUAUAUAUAUAUAUAUAUAUAUAUAGUACAGUACAGAUAGUCCUGCUGUCCCUAAAUUCAUUUAAAAGCUUAAAGCUAAACCACACAUUAUCAUUAAAACUGAAAUUCUGUAAUCAAUGAAAUUGGUGGUUCUGCGGUGAUCUGUGAUUGGGCUGCUGAUGUGAUGAUGACACUUUUGUGCAAUGCACAUAUUGAGAUUUAGGGAUGGAUAUCGGAAGCCCGGCCUCAAAUGCUUACAGGCUUCUGACAUGAAAUCAAACGAUGCCAUGGCUACUAGCCAUGACAUCAAAACCAUAUGAGGGUCAGACUGCGUGCCGUAUGUCUCUAGCUUAAGUGCAAAAAAGCAAGUGGUCGCUAUUUGAUGUGCCUUGGAAAGCAGCAUCUUCUGGCUGGCAACAAUAAUAAUAAUAAAAAAACCCAGGAUUGGGAACAUUGAUGGUUGCUAACUAUUGUCAUCUGAUGUAUAUCUCAAAUACCCCUGCUACAUAUGAACACAAGUUAUUGGCACAUGAGCGCGCAUAACCCAUCUUUCGGUGCGGUCUAAAAGGUGCAAGGGUUGAAAUACUGAGUCGCGUGACCCGGUAUUUAAACCCUGGUCGUGAGCAGUAUUCAACAUGUAUUCAACCUGACUCACUGUGCGGUGUGAAUGGGAGCUGGGUGCCUGCCCUCCGUUUCUCAUUCACUCUCUGUACGACUGGCGCUUGAAGAACAUGCGAUCUCCAAGCGUUGUCACCGCUGAGCUCCCAUGUCAGGCGGUUUGAAAGGGGUAUUAUUUAGAUUUAUUUUCUCUUUCUACACACCUAGAUGACCUCUUAAUUGACAUGGUCACCAUUAUGUAGUGAGGUGGAUCACAUUAUUGAGGCAAGUGCAAAAUGCAUUUUUCUCCCCCCCCCCCCACCAUUUGUACCUCCCAGUUUUUGGAUUUUCAAGUGACUAACCAUACAGUCGUAGCGUAAACUUCCUUAGUCUCUCUCACUAUCUGUCCUCUCUGCCUCCUCCUCUUCUCACUGUCAAACAAGUGUUUAAUCAGACACCACAAUUAUGUCUGAAAAUAUAUGCGUAAAUCAUUUUGUGAGGAUGUUUAAUUCAGUUAUUAUUUGAUAUUAAAAAGUCACUUUAUUGUUGUUA